CUUUAAGGAGAGGGCGGGACCUGUCAUUGAACUGGGCUGAUAAACAGUAGAAGUGGCAAGUGUAUACUGAGAGAUUAGAGUAAGAAGUGAGGACGCUGGAAAGAGGGAGAGACAGAGAAGUGCAGGUGCGAAGGGCAUGCCAUCUCAAUGUAGCGUCCAUGAGCUCCUCCCACCCCAUGCUCCUCCCCCUUCUGCUCCUAUGGUGCCUGGCACUACCAGGGGGCCACACCUUCUUCCCCAACUUCUGGUCUAAGUUUCUAUCCUUUACCUGGGGCUCCUACACCCAUCAGGACCUAACGGAAGAGGCCGUACUGAAUGUCACCUUGCAAAUCUUAUUGGACAACAAGCAUCCCACCCGACCUCCACUGCGGUGGGAGGAUUUUGAGGACAAGACCCUGACCCCAGAUGAAAUACUUACGGCAUAUUAUGGAGAUGAAGUAUCCUUGCGCCAAUACCGUGCCUCUAUGCGUCAGAUCGUCAGUGCCAACGCCAACAUGGAUUUCCUUAAUUUGACACGCAAUGAUCCUGUACGUCACUUUGACUCUGAGAGGGUCAGACAGGGCAACAGCCUCUUGCUGCGGGCCAGGGAGCAGCUGUUGAGCUACUUGAGCGCCAAGGAAUAUGAAGGUGCAAGGGAGAUACUGGGACAGACACUGCAUGCACUGCAGGAUUUCUACAGUCAUACUAACUGGGUGGAACUAGGAAACACAGACAUCCAUCCUGACCUGGCCACCCCGGGGAGAGACAUCUCUUCUCUUGCUGGAGUCUCUGAUCAGACCUGUACAGAUUGCACUGUCUCUUGCCAGAAUAACAUUGUAGCAGCCAUCCAAAAGAGACAUCUCCUGACAUCUGGAUACUAUGGAGAGACACCAGAGAAGCCACAAGGAAAAUGCAGUCACGGUGGUCCCUUUGACUACAGCAAAGAGCUCAGUGCAAAAGGAGGGAUCAACAAGGACACAGCCAUGCCUAUGUUUUCCCCCCACCACUUCCUGCACAAACAGGCUGCCCAGCUUGCCCUGAAAGCCUCUAUUAAGUUUCUGAGCGAGCUGAGAAGAGAGGUGACUGACAACAUUAUGCUCAGACUGCUGGGUGUUUCUGCUUUCCCUGCUCUGAGCUUUGUCCUGGACACCACUGGCAGUAUGGGGGAAGAGAUCACAUCAGCUCGUCUACAAUCCCGUCUUAUCAUCCAGCGACAAAGUGACACACUGCUACAACCCGACUACUACAUCCUUGUACCCUUUCAUGACCCAGGCUUUGGCCCAGUGUACAAGACAAGUGACCCGGAUGAGUUCCUAAAAAUUCUGGACAGUCUACAGGCUUUGGGAGGGGGAGAUGAGCCAGAGAUGUGUUUAUCAGCUCUGCAGCUAGCCCUUAUCAACACUCCUCCCCACUCUGAGAUCUUUGUCUUCACGGACGCUUCCUCUAAGGACCCUCAUCUCAGAAGCUCAGUGGAGGCUUUGAUACAAGAAAAGAAGAUCAAGGUAUCUUUCCUGAUCACAGAAGACCCAUCUCGGACUACUGUUAAGAGAAGCAAGAGGGAAGUGUUGAGCCCGGAUAGAUUUGACCUCUAUACUGACCUUGCUUCUACUUCGGGGGGGCAGGUUGUCUUCACAACGAACAGCGACAUUGGAAAGGCUUCUGAGAUCAUCACAGAUUCAGCCCACUUUGAUGUGGUGACACUCCUAUAUAAGCAAAGCUCUGAAAAAGGUGCACCUAGAAACACAUUUUUGGUGGAUGAAUUCAUGUACAAUGUCACCCUAUUUAUAAAUGGAGAUGUGAAAAUAUUUCAGAUCUUUGACCCUAAAGGCCACAAACAAAAUGGCCGCCAAGCAUCUCAUGGCAAAUUUACUCGAGUGUUCCUGCAAGAUCCUUUGAAAGUGGGCACCUGGAGCAUUUAUAUGGAAACUACCGGACCUCAUAGCAUACGUGUACAAGGUCGCAGCUCCUUAGAUUUUCUUUAUUAUUUUGGCACCCCUGUAAACGGGUCUCACCCUGGACUCUACCAACUCAACAAUCAGCCGGUGACAGGUGUCCCUGCAGUCCUGGUAGUUGAUGUUAUUGGCCUCCCAGAAUCCGCCAACUUGAGCCAUGUUACCCUAACCCCAGUCCAUGGCACGACAAGAAUGCUGGAAUUGGAAUUGACAAAUGAGGGGCUCCUGGUGGCACAGGUUGGGGAGAUCCCCCUUGGGGAAUUUAGCCUUGGGGUCAGUGGUACUGAUGGCAAAGGACAUGAAGUGAAACGUGAGGCUCCACAGCACCUAAGAUCGGCAGAAUGUAUGCUGGAGAUGUCCUGUCCUGUUCCUCUGACACCGGAGAAUUCACAGAUAAUGUCGGUGAAGAUCACUAACCAUGGAUCCUCUCAUUACUACUGUGUGACUGUGAAUGGAUCUCCAUACAACAUCUUUGAUGAAUUCACCACAACAAGGGUACAGAUGAACUCCAGUGAUUCACAAGUGCUUAAUAUAAAUAUUAGUGUGCCUACUAGUGUGGAACCUGGUGCAGUGAUUACAUUGAUGGCGGAGGCUGAAGAGUGUGAUAGCAAUAUACCAGCUUGCUUUGCUCACCUCUCUCUGGUGGUGGCUGAAAAAGUUAAGGUGUCUCCUGUACAUACCCCACCUGUGUGCCCUCAACCAUCUUACUUUGGCUCUUGUCCUGAAUCUCUAUCACCCAACCUGUGCCAGGACCAUCGUUGGAGUGCCCAUCUGCUAGUGUUAGAUGCUGAUGGAAUUAAGUUUACUGAGAUCCUCAAUGGCUCUGGUGUCACCUCCCAUGGACCAGAUGGAAAAUAUGAAUAUGUUAAUUUCACAUCCAGUUGCUGCACACCUCAAGCUGAACUUCUCCUAACAAACUACAGAGACGUGGUUUGGCAUUGCUUCUUCCAAGUGCCCACUGCUGGCAUUCAGACAGACUCAGGACAACUGUACUAUUUAUUAACAUUACUACCAAUUAUAUUUGUAGUUGUACUUUUACUAGCUGUGUAUUUUACAUGUAAUAAAAAAAAACAUGAAGUAGAAGGAACCCAAAAUCAGGCAGAGGUUAUCCCUCUAAAAGAACCAUGAUUAUUUUGGAAUGCCAACUGUUUUCUUCAGUGGCUACCUUAGCAGGGCUAUAUGUGUAGAAAAGCAAACAGACCAGGGCCCGAGGUAGUGUCAAUUUCGGGAUGAUCUUAAAUGUUUCAUCAUUUUUUGCUGUCUUUCUAAUUUACGCCCUCAAGGAUAGAGAUACUAAGAAAUUACAUUUUCUUACUUGUGCAGCAUGCAUUUUCAGUAUCUGAGGCAUGGAAGUGUGUCCAUAAGGUUCCAAGAGUGAACAGACAGCCCCAUACAACUGGCCCAGAUGGGUUUACAAUCUGGUCUUUUCCCAUGGCCUCUAUUUAUUAUGAAGCACAUGUUAAAAAAAAAAAAAGAAAAGCACAAAUAAUCUAAAGAAAAGCACAUUCACUAA